UCUACAAAAUUGAAUUCAGUGUUUGUUAUGAUACCGGAACGCCCGCAUUAUCAACAUAAGAACUUUGGAUAUAGUGCUCGUUAAGUUGAGAGAGCACGAUAAUGUUAAGGGAUCUGAUUACGUGGGUAUUAAAUACUUAUCUCGGCAAGUAUUUGGAGAAUUUGAACUCUGCUCAACUGUCUGUUGCGCUCUUAUCAGGCGAAGUCGAGCUCGAAAACAUUCCGAUUAGAAAGGAUGCAUUGCGUUCACUUGGCCUGCCAAUUGAGGUGUCAUCAGGCAGCAUUGGCAAGAUUAAGCUGCAGGUACCGGUUCGACAAUUUCGAACAUCACCAUGGUGUAUUUCGGUGGAUGGGUUGUUUUGCGUUGUCCGUCCCAAGGACUUUGAGAAUUGGGAUGAGGCGAAGGAGAAACUGCUGGAUUUGGAAUACAAGCAAUCUGUUCUGGACACCGCAGAGGCCAAUUGGCGUUCGGAGAAGGGCAAGCAAAUCGAAUCGUAUUAUUUCUCAUCGUAUAAUAACUGGCUGAAGUAUGGAACGAAUAUGGCAACUAAUAUCAUUGAUAACAUUGAGCUUAAAAUAUUCGAUGUACACUUUCGAUACGAGGAUAUCGUCGAUGUGGGCAAUAGCAAAAUAGCGACUGGCAUUAAAAUUGGCUCAUUGACUGCACAAAGCUGUGAUUCUAACUGGUCAACUGGUUCAAAUAAAACGAUCAAUAAUGAUACUAAUUUCAAAAUCGUUGAAUUGAAAGAGUUGUCUUUGUACUGGGACACAUUAUAUGAUGAUAUUCAAUGCCAGAAGUUCACCAACCAAGAGCUGCUCACGAAUAUGAAUGCGACGUGUCAGAAGCGAGCACAUGAAUUUAUAAUUAAGCCCAUCAGUGCAACAGGUCGAUGGAAACGUGAGAAAUCUCCACAAGUAAUACGUUCAAAAGACAAGCCACGAGUUUCCUGCGAUCUUCUGGUACCUGAAGUUAUAAUUGUCCUAUCCAAGGCUCAACAUGACCAAAUACAGGAUAGAAUCGCUGGCAUUCAACAGAUUAAGGAGAUAUGUCAAUUUCGAUUGAAACGACCAACUUUCAGUAUUAAGGAUAAUUCAAAAAUGUGGUGGCAAUAUGUGCUCGCUUGUCAUGGUCGCGAUCUAAAAACGAGAGACGAAAAAUUUCUAACACUUAAUGAAAACCUGCGAUAUAUGCGAAUUUAUCAGGCAGUCAUUUUAAAUCCCAACGAAAAUUUAAGUACCGAUGACAAAGAAUUUAAAUCGUACAUUGAAAGUGAUAGGAAAGUUGCAGAAUUAAUAAUUUUACGCAGAAUAUGCUUUGAAAAAGUAUUCACCAAGGGACUUUCCAUCAAGUCGGACAACGUAAGGAAAGGAAGAAAUAUGCUAUUCCAUUGGUUCCCAAACUGGAUGGGUUGGUACGGUACGACGAAUUCUGCAGGCCCUGCAGAGCAAGAUGAAUCCUUACAAAAUCUCGAAGACGAUAUUUUAGUGGCGAUUGAGCACUCAUUGCAAAAUCAGUCGCAGUUGAAGAACGACUCGAUUUUUGGACAUUUCACUAUUGAGCUUAUUAAAGGCUUUGUUAUUCUGCAAGCCGAACAAUCCCCUAUAAGUCAAGAUUGUGUUUGUGUAGAAAUGCAGUUUAAUAAUCUGUCAUCUUUUCUGCAAGUAAAUCCUAUGCUAACAUCCUAUGUGGCUGGGAUAUCUUUGGGUGAAGUAUAUCUCUUGGACAAAACUAACAAAGAUACAAAACAUUGCUAUUUAAUAAAACCACAAACUGACAGAUCACCGUCAAUAAACCAAUCGGAUCUGAAAAAUGCAUUAAGCUUACCAAAUAAACAGGAUCCAUUAUUCCUGCUGCAAUAUGAAAAUGAUGAUCAAUCACAAUACCGACUUACAAUCAAAUCGAAAAGCUUGGACUUAAUAUAUAAUCAGGACGCCGUUGACUGGUUCUUAAAUUUUUUUACCAAAUCUAAACAUGUGCGCUUAAUAAAAGACAAUAAUAGUGUUGAAAAAGAAAAGAAAUUUCUAAGUUCUUUUAAUCAGCAUUUCGUCGGAAAUGAGAUAAAUCGCAAAAAUUGGACUUUUGAAAUUGAGGUGUUUGCACCUCGGAUUAUAUUUUUGGAAAACUGCAAGAUAAGCAAUUCCUUAAUGGUUCUAAUGGAUUUUGGAAAAUUUCAACUGAUUAAAUCUGAUUUCACAAAGAGAAACACUGCGAUUGUCUCAAAACCAGCGGAAACUUCAACCAAAGAUGUCAAUGCAGAUGAUGAUGAUGAUGAUGAGAAUUUUAUGACUCCAUGCUCUACUCCACCGGGAUCACAGAAAAGUGGUUCAGAUUCUCCGACGAUUCGUGAAAUCUUGCAUAGCGAUAUGAUAAAUAAAAACAACCAACUGGAGUCUGCAUUGCAUAAUAAAAUUUAUAAUACAUACACGAUAAAUUUAACGAAUUUACAAGUCUUAGUUUGCAAAUACCAAGAGAGAUGGCAAGCUAGCUUGAAGACUUCUUCGAAUUUUCACAUAAUUGAUAAGUUCAAUAUCACUCUGACAAUCGAGCAACGUAUCGUGUUCACAUCGGAUCCCGAAUAUCCAUCAUUUACACUCUUUGGUACGUGUCCGAUGAUAUUGAUUCAUGGCAAUGAAGAUAAAAUUCAACAUUUCUUAAACAUCAUCUAUCCGAUAACGAACAACCCACGACUUAAGAAAGAAACAACAAUACGUGAAACUGAGAAAAAAUCGUAUACCGAUGAGACUAACAAUAAUCCCUAUUAUAAUGUUGAUGGAACUCAUUUAGUUGUCCAGUUUGCGAUAGGACAACUGAUUGUCGAAUUGCAAUCCAAGGAAAAAAGUAUUGCCGAACUGCAAAUUAUUGGAGCACGAGCUGGUUUAGUCAUGGCAGGAAAUGAAACAACAAUCACAAUGUCUGUCCAUGGAUUGCUACUUGUGGAUGCUAUUCAGUCUUUUGGUCCCGACUUUGAACUCUUGGUGGCCAGCCAUCGAAAUGUUGGUAUGGAUAGCUUUUCUGGAAGUCUAAAGCAUAGUACAGCUUGUUCACCGGUUACGCCCGGCUCUCCAGACUCAUUUGAUUAUCACAGACCGACAAGUCCGCAUAUUAUCACAAAAGCAGUUCAAAAUAUUCAAAGCGGAGCAUCGAUGGAUCGCACUGAAGAGUCAGAGUUAAAUGCCCUCAUUAACAUAGAUAUUAAUAUUAUUGCAUCCGAUACGAAUAAGUCUUCCUAUUUGCACACUUCGAGAAUUUCAUUCAACACCUUGGAAAUAAUUGCCAACCAGGAGACUAUACUUGAGCUGUUAAAUUUAGCUGAACGCAUUUUUCGACGCCAACAGCUUUUGGAAAACGUUAGCAGCAAGACAGCCAAAGAGCCUGCGUUUGAAUUAAAAGAAUCCGAUGGUGCCGUUAAUCAUAAUCAACACGAAAUAAUAUUUGAUUUUUAUCGUUUAAAUGUUUUGAUUUUAUACACGAUAAAACGAGAUAAAAUUGAGAUUGCCCGAAAGGUUGGGACGCUCACAGUAAGCGAAGCCAAAAUAAAUGUAUCAGUGCAAUCCAGUUUGUUCAUAACUGGAUCCCUGGGAGGCAUACAAAUCAUCGAUAUAACUCCUCAAGGGAUUCGUUAUCAACGAAUUUUAUCAAUUGGAAGAGAUCCAGUUUCAGAAUCGGACCGUCUAUCGGUGAUUAAUCAACUCUCGAACGAAAUAUAUUUGAACAAUGCCGAAGACGAGAAGUGUGAUCAAAUUGAUGCAUUAAGCUUUACAAAUUUAUGGAGUGAUAAUAACGCAGUCGCUCUUCAAGUGCGAAUGGCGUCAGUUUCCUACACCCAUAGCCCGAGAUUUUUGCAAGACUUUAAUUAUUGCAUUAUGAACUUCAAACAGGGCCUGAGCGAGUUCUUGACUUCAAUUGGAAACAAGGCAACCGAUAUGGCUAAAGAAUUUGUGCAGCAAAUAAAAGAUGUUAAUUAUCAAACCAAACCACCAAAACCAAACAUACGCCAGGAAAACACCUCAAUCUCGCUUGAUAUUAUUAUAAGUAGUCCGAUAAUCGUUCUUCCUAUUUCGACUGUUAGCAAUGAAGUAUUUAUUGCAAAUUUGGGUAAAAUUAGUGUCCGAAAUAAUGAUAUUAAUCAAAAGUUGGAGAAUGUUAAGACGGAUGACACAGAGUAUUAUGUGAUAGAAGUGAAAAAUAUCAAUUUAUUUUCGUUGAACAUUGACGAGCAAACCGAAGAUUGGAAAUACACGCUGCCCAUAGCGAACAAAAUGUAUGAAAAUAAACAAGAUGCACAUCCAAUAUUACAUGACACAGCAAUAUCCCUAAAUGUGUAUACAGGAUAUAACGAUGCAAGGGAUGCAGAGAGGCAAAUUCAAACAAUAUUGGUUGAAGGAAGUAUGGUUGAAACACUUAAGAUCACACUCCAUCGCAAACAAUAUAAAAAUAUAUUAGAGUCUAUCCGAAAUGCAACCAACUUUUCAAAUAACUUAUCCUCGGAGAAUGUGAUACCCAACAUGAAAAGUGCAAAUAUUACAAAUGCCAAUGCAAAUGACGUGCAGCGUAUUAAAACAACUGUUAAAUUCUCAGUGCCUGUUUUUGAAAUUAACUUGCAAAAUGAGAGCCAUGAACCACUCGUAAAUGUAACAUUUAAAGACUUUUUUGUAAAACAUCGCAUAAGCGGCAACGAUGUAGAUCUUAAGGUCGUUUUAAACUCGGUGCUUAUGGAGGAUUUAAAGUCGGAUAUAUCAUCACCAUUUCGAAAUAUGGUCACAUCUUUAAACCUGGAAAAAAUGUACCAGCGUAGAGGACAAAGUUCCUCAUCAUGCCCAGAUUUACCAAGUUUUCGUAGUAAGCAGAAGACAUUUUCAACAUCCAUAUCUAAUCUUUGUGAGCACAUAAAACUAAAGGAUUGUGAACAGCAUAAAAGUGGUCUAUGUCAUUCAAAUGAUAUUAGCGAUCGGAAAGGCAACAAUUUAGUUAUUUACAGAUCACACACUAGGCGUUUACCCCUUCAGCCUUCUGAUGGCAAGAUUGAGAUUCAAAACUCCAUCGAGUUUAAUUGCCUGAACUUGGCGAUAUGUGUGGACAGAUGGUAUACGAUAUUUGACUUUUUUGACCUAGUAGCUGACACAGAAAAUGCUCAAUCCUCUGCUGCAAGGAACGAUAGUCUCCCAAAAAGUGCUUAUGAAUUUUGUAGUAAACUGAAUGUUUCCAUCAGAUCGUUAAAUUUCACCCCGAUUCGAAAUGAUGCAGUCCUAUCAAGAAUAAACGUAUCCAAUGCAACAUUUUCUAUAAUUCAAGAAGCUGCCUUUAAAUCAAUUGAAGGUUGCCUGGGAUCAAUAGCUGUAUACGAUCUAACCAAAUUCGGAUACAUAUACAAGGAAAGGUUCUUAACGAGUGGCACAGAGGCAUUAAAUUUUGUAUAUAAAAGAAAACAUACAGAUAUGGAAACACCGAAUAUUAUUAAUGCUGAUGCAGUUCUUUGGAUUAACAUGUCUUCGGUUCACUAUAUACACACAAAGCGUUUUAUUGUCGAACUUCAUUUGUUCGUGAAAGAGUUGCUACAAUUGCAAACGCCGGUGAUUAGAAAACUGAAAAAGCAUAAAACGGAUAAGGAUCAAAUGCAGUCGUCUAAAAUCAAGCUGUGCAUUCAAGCCGCCUCACCAGUUAUUGUUCUACCCGCCUGUUACAAUAGCAAUCAUGUUUUGAUUGCCUAUCUGGGACAAUUCACACUGAAGAAUAGCUUUCAUCUUGCCAGCGAUGAGUGCAUUAUAAGCAAAAAAGGAAAGGCGGUUAAGAGCGAAGAAGAGAUUUUGGACGUUAUGCACAUUGAUUUGGUCAACAUCAAUUUGUUCUCGGGCGAACGUAGUGUGGAUACAUUGGAGGGCAAUUACGAUGAAGAAACCUAUAUAAACAUCGCAAAUACGUGCUUCGUCAAGGGCAGCAGGCUUUUCAAGGAAUCCUGCUAUCUGGAUCUUCAAGUGGAACGCAAUCUAACCACAGAUAGCAUACGCGUUUGUCCGGACAUUAGUGUUAAAGGGAAAUUCUCAAAAUUGAACGCUACACUCAGUCUACAAAACUAUAAAUUGAUUAGAGGGCUGCUAAAUAAUAACAUUGGAGAGUAUAUCGAUGAUGUUUACUCCAACAGCUUGAAUAUUGCUGGCCCAUCUAUCGAAGCAUUCUCGGCUUUAAGUUUAUUUUCAAAGACUGAAGACACCACAAAUGUGAUUACCUUGCUGUCGAUAAAUAUACUUCUGGAAGACGUUUCGAUAUUGGUAGUUGAAAGCACGAAUACGUUGCCAGACUUUGCUCAAGAGCCCUUGGCAUGCAUACAUUUUAUAAGAUCGCAAUUGGAAAUCGACAUGCUAAGCGAUGGUUCACAAGACAUUGAUCUGAUAUCAAGCAACAUUUUAGUUGUGGAUGAGAGGCCAAGCGAUGGUGUUAACAAUGCCAAUGUUUUUAGGAACAUACUGGAGCCCUCGAAAAAGGAAACGGUUCCAAAGCAUUCAGCUCAGGUUGAAAUCCACUGCAGAAAACGCUUGAAUUUAUGUAAAUAUACGGUAAUGUUAAACAACAUGAGAGUAAUGGGAAUUCUAGAUUUCUUGGACCGUUUAAAGCAGUUUUUUGAGGAAGAGCCCCUAACAGCAUCAUCAUCAAUUAAUCCAAAAUCAACUCAAUUUGUACCAGCGGAUCAAUCGCAACCGACAGAUGGUUCCUUGUCAGAGUAUAUUAUCAAUGUGACAGACUCGGAAAUGAUAUUUGUAGAACAGUGUAAACGACUGGAUUCGAAUGCGAUAAUAUUGAAGAGCACAACCGUAAUUUCAUACAAGCCAAAUAAUAAUUGUGUGCCAUUGUCUAUAAAUAUCAAUCAUUUGGAAAUAUUUUCAUGCAUAUUGGAUGCUGAGGAUGAAAGUGCACUGUCCAUAAUCGAUCCAUUUACCUUGAACAUUGAGAUGAGAAAUAAUUGCCUGAAUAUUGUGAUACAAAAGCAAUUGAAUAUACGUUUAUCGUACAUCGAUAUGAAAUUGUUUUUGAGAAUGAUUAGCUCCAUACCGACACAAACUUCAACACCGCCGCCAGUUUUAUCCAAAUCGAAUUCGGAAUUUGAAAAAAUCGCUCCACUGCUUGCAAUGGGUUUCGAGAUAACAAAUUGCUGGUAUGCCAUGGAACAGAACAAUUGGAAACUUAACGAUGCUGCACUGUGGCUGUCGCAACAGAAGCGCACCACCACUCGAAAUCCGGGAUUGGAAUUAAAGACAGCUGUACUGGAUGCCAAUUGCAUAUCCAUGUGUGUCAUCGAUGAUUGCAUGGAUGCUGAUGUGCCCCUGCUCGAAAUAUCCUUGUCGAAGGUACUGCUCAAGUACAAAUUUCAACCCAACACAAUUGAAGCUGAAGGCGGCCUCAAUGCGAACAAUUCGGCUGAGGGGGAUCUCGACACGGAAGUGGCACUCAACUAUUAUAAUCGGCGAUUGAGUGGCUGGGAGCCGCUUGCUGAAAUUUGGCAGUGUGCGGCAAAAUGGAAAUACAAAAAGACCAAUUUUGAUAAAAAGAAACGCUUCGAAAUUUUCGUGAGCAGCAAACAUUUAUUCAAGAUUAACAUUACCUCGACGCUAAUUGAACUGUACCACAUGGUGUCCAAGAAUUGGGCAAGCGAUUUCAAUUCCCUUGACAAUGCCAGAAAUUCGAAUUUCAGACAACGAUCCCCAUUCGUGCCGUUUGCACUACAAAAUUUAACGGGAUCGGCGCUACUCUUUAAACCCAUAUACGCUCAGCUUGGGGAUUUGACAUGCUCCGAUUUGCAUCAGUUGGAAAUAAUUAAGAACUGGAUAACGCUGCAGCCGGAAGAGAUAAAAACGUUUGAUUUCAGUCAAAAGAGUAAGCUGAGGCACAUUGACUCGCAUCUGUUGAAUUUGCAUCAGAUUCUUGUACAAAUCCAUGGCUGGACCUUGAUUGGACCAAUCUCCAUAGACAAGGUAGGCACAUAUUUUCGAUCAACAAUCUUGGAUUCGCAUUACGAGAAGAAGACGCGCAUUAUAUUUGAUAUAUCCCUAAUGGGAUCCGCACAAAAGCUCAUUAAAGUAAUGUCACCAUUGAGGGUUAUUAACAAAUUAGAUCACGAUAUAUUUCUCAAGAUGGUAAUAAAUAAAUCGAAUCAAUCUGAUGCUCAGUCUGCAAUAAGCACAAUCCGUCCGGAUGAUCAACAGUGUGUGCCAUUAAAGUUUCUCGACUCCUCGCUAUAUAUCUCUCAUAUUCCAUGCGAUUCGAAAAAAUCAAAGAUUGACGAUAUCGGCUUUAGCAAUGAUGAGAUUUCAUGGAAAAAUUGGGGAAAGGACGGCACUCAAUAUCUGUACACCUGCUACGAUGCCAAUAGAAGCAUAUUAUAUACACUAAUUAGCAUAAGCCGGGAGCUGUAUCCGCUCAAGGAUCAAAAUAUGCCGGGCCACUCAAUUACGCUGCUAUCGCCGCUAAUGCUAAAGAAUAUGCUUUGCUGUGAUCUAAUAUUUAAUAUCAAUGGCUGCAGUAUGGAUCGAAUUAAUGCCUUCAUGAGCAAAAAUAUAUACAAUAUUAACAUAUGCGAAGCCAUUAACUUGAGCAUUACCUUGGAUAACUUUGAAGUCUCCGGCCAAUUGAAAGUGCCAGCAAAUCAUACUGGCAUUGUCGAGCCAAAGCUAAAGCUAAUCGAUGCCAAGAAUAGGGAAUUACAUCUGCACAUAUCAAUUCAAUAUUUUAAAGGCAAAGGAAUGGAGAUCUAUAUUAGUGCACCCAUAUGGAUUGUGAAUAAAACAGGUCUGCCACUCAUUUAUAGGCAGGAGGGAACGAACAAAAUUGCAGCCGGCCAAUUUGAUGAGCAUGAAACUGCCCGACAAGUGUCGCCCCUAAUGUUCUCAUAUUCUGAUCAGGAGGGCUCACCCAACUUGGAAGUGCGACUCGGCAGCUCCUUUGGCUCUAACAAUCAGUGGUGCAAAAGUUUCAGCAUGAUCAAGAAUAUUACAUACAGGGAUUUGCGUACGGAAAAUGGUCCGGGUUGCUAUACAAUUGGUAUACGGGUUCGUCGCGGGCGAGGAUUAUAUGCGUGCACCACAUUUGUUACAUUGUCACCACGUUUCCAUCUCUACAACAAAAGCGGGCAUCCGCUGCAGUUUUCACAGAAAUGUAAUAUUAUACAUAAUGAAGUUGCCAAUUCGCGUAAUGUUAUUUCGGCGCCAAUUGAUUGUAAUUUUCCAUUUCAUUGGACAAAUGGAGAUCAAGAGCCGUUGAUUUGUGUUCGCAUCGCAGAUGUGGAAUGCUGUUGCUGGUCGAAAGGCAUACCCGUCAAUGAGGCGAAGAGUUUGUACAUUAACAUUCGCAAUGAGUGGAGCGAAAUGUUUUUCCUAAGAUUGGAAAUAAUAUCGAGAGGUGCGACGUUAAUUCUUCUAUUCACCGAUGCUCGUAGUUUACCACCGCCAAUUCGUAUUGAUAACUUUUCGGAAGUGGCCAUUAACUUUUCACAAAAGGGCUGUAAGCACAUUUGGCCAACGCCAGUUAGAUCGCAGUCAUCGUUGUCAUAUGUUAUGGAUGAUCCCUUGGGUGUACAAACAUUGAUCAUGGAAGCGCCAGGAGGAAACACAAUUGAGUAUCCAAUAAAGGAAUUGAACACAAGCAAAACUUUAACGUACUCAAAUUUUAUAUACAUUGCAUUUCACGACACCUUUGAUCAAUUCAAAAGAGAUGGUAACAAACCAGAUGAAAAAUAUCAGCAACUAGUGCUGGGUGUCAACGACAAGAGAGUCGUCAUCAUGGAAAAGAAUUCGGGAGAUCGCUCACAGCUAUGGCUAAUGAAUUCGAACGGUCAGUUGGAACACGAAGGAUCAACACCACCGAUAGAAUCAAAUGAAGCCAACGCUGUGCGAUGGGUACUAGAUUUGGAGAAACCACCAAAUCCAACUGAAUAUACAGCGCUAGUAGUUCGAAUGCCCAAUAAACAGAGGGCAACAACACAAAAAUGGAGAUUUGAGAACGGUCGACUAAAGUGUCAUGCGAAUAUGUGCGUUCAGGCUUCUUCUGGAAAAGAAUGGUUUAGAGCUGGCUCUGAGGCAGUUGUGGGAUAUCUUAAACAUAGCUCGAAGGGUAGGGAUAUAAUACCCAUCGAACAACAUAUUGUUACUCAAAAAUUAAGACCUGGAUCGGGGCAAUUAGAAAUAUCAACCAAAAUGGAUGGACCGAUUUGCACUGUUCAAAUUCGUGAUAUUAAACAAACGUUCAAUGAGACAUUUUUGGCACCGGAUUUACUAUGGAGCUCUGCAUCUUUCAACAACAGACAACUUAUUGAUAAAGCGAAACAAGCACCAUCAACUGAAUAUCAAAUAAAUGUCGAUCUGCCCAAGGGAAUUGGAGUAUCUUUGAUAACACUGAAACCUUGCGAGGAGAUUAUAUUUGUUAGCUUGGACAACAUAAUUGCAGAGUUUUCAGAGAGUAGUGUGGAAAAGUCAAUAGAUCUGAAUAUAGCUUACAUUCAAGUGGAUAAUCAAUUAUUGGAUUCCGUCAGUCAAGUGACCUUGCAUAGUAGUACACCAAGUGACGAUGAAUCACAGCAGAAAGCGUUGCUCCUCAAAUUGAAAAUGUUACCUAGUCCAAAUAAGAACGCAUUAAUAUUCAAAUACCUGACUCUGGAUGUGAGCCCCUGUAUUAUGAAUCUGGAAGAGAAGCUUAUAUUAAAAAUAGCAUCGUUUCUUGGCUAUGGCAAAGAAAAUCGACAGAACUCAUUCCUGCCCUGUGAUUAUAAGGAUUUUGAAGACAAACGGUUAGAGAAUAACAUGAAAAGAUAUUAUUUUGAGAAAUUUAGUAUCGGUUCGACGCAGGUUCGAUUAUCAGCGUUCACUUCGUCAAAGCUGCCGGUCGAGUUACAAAGUGUGAAAAAGUCCCUGGGACUCACAUUAGUCAAAUUUGAAGAUGCUUUGAUAGAGCUUGAUCAUUAUACCCAUAAAUAUCAUUUUGAGACCUUAGAUGUUUAUCUGCAAGCUAUAAAAAUGCAUUACAUAGCCCAAAUUAAGUGGCACGCAGCUUCCAUAUUGGGCAGUGUUGAUUUCCUGGGCAAUCCUUUGGGAUUCGCCAAUGAUCUAUCUGAAGGCGUAUCGGGACUCAUUUUUGAAGGAUCUGUGAAAAGUCUAGUAAAAAAUGUUACUCAUGGAAUUUCGAAUUCGACAGCAAAGUUAACGGAAACAUUGUCAGAUAGUUUGGGCAAAGUCGUCUUGGAUGAUCAUGAUAACGAUACAAGACAACGCAUUAUGGAGCUACAAUCAAACACAUCCAGUGGUCAUCUGGCUGCGGGAAUCAAAGGCUUUGGAUUCGGUUUGCUUGGUGGAGUCACAAGUAUUGUCCGGCACACAUACGAUGGCGCCCAUGCCGACGGCGUUCAUGGCUUCCUCAGUGGCCUGGGCAAAGGAUUGGUUGGCACAGUGACAAAACCAAUUAUCGGCAUGCUCGACUUGGCCUCAGAGACGGCAAGUGCUGUUCGUGAGACCAGCAGGGACACACAACGUCAAUCACCAAGCCGCAAACGUUUACCCAGAUGUGUAACUGGUGCAGUUGGUGGACUCUUGCCUUCGUAUUCAAGUCGUCAGAGUAUGGGUCAACAGUACCUGUAUCUAAUAAAUCGUAAGAAUUUCACUGAAAAAAUAAUAUUCCAUGAGCCAAACCUUUGGAGCGAUAAAGAGGCAAGAUUGCGACUUCUUGUUUCAACCGAAUAUGUUCGUAUAUUCUCAUUAUAUGAGGGAACCCCAACUAUGACGUUUCAAUGUCACCUAAGUGAAGUUCUAUCCUGUCAUCCAUUGACAAAAAAUACGGGGACUACCCCAUCGACAAGUAAAGUUACAUCGAGCUACUACAUUGAAAUAUCAACAAAUUUAACAAAAAUCACACGACCGCAAAUUCGGUGUCGGACUGAGGAAUGUGCUGAGGCUGUGUCUAGAUGUAUAAACUACGCUAAAAGUGUCUUCGAUGAACGUGAGCUGUCGUUAAUAAAAUAUAAUUGAUGCUAUUAGCAAUAAAUAUUUUUUAAUAUAUA